GCCAAGACUUCAUCACUGGAGAGGUUAUCUCAGCUUUGGGCCGGACGUACCACCCCAAGUGUUUUGUGUGCAGCAUGUGCAGGAAACCAUUCCCCAUAGGAGACAAAGUUACAUUCAGUGGAAAGGACUGCGUUUGUCAAACCUGUUCACAUUCACUGAUCAGCAAUAAACCCAUCAAGAUUCAUGGACCAAGCCAGUGUGCAGGUUGCAAGGAGGAGAUCAAGCAAGGUCAGUCGCUCCUGGCCCUCGAGAAACAGUGGCAUGUCAGCUGCUUCAAGUGCCAAACCUGCGGAAUCAUCCUAACUGGAGAAUACAUUAGCAAGGACGGCAUCCCCUACUGUGAAUCUGACUAUCACUCCCAGUUUGGCAUUAAAUGUGAGACCUGCAACCGAUAUAUCAGCGGCCGCGUUCUGGAGGCAGGAGGGAAGCAUUACCACCCCACUUGUGCCAGAUGUGUCCGUUGCCACCAGAUGUUCACAGAAGGGGAAGAGAUGUACCUCACAGGGUCUGAAGUAUGGCAUCCCAUAUGCAAACAAGCAGCAAGAGCAGAAAAGAAGUUAAAGCAUAGAAGAACUUCAGAAACAUCCAUCUCCCCACCUGGCUCCAGCAUUGGGUCCCCCAACCGAGUCAUUUGCGCUAAAGUGGAUAAUGAGAUCCUUAAUUACAAAGACCUGGCUGCUCUUCCCAAGAUUAAGGCCAUCUAUGAGGUGCAACGCCCUGACCUCAUCUCCUAUGAGCCUUAUCACAGAUAUACAUCGGAUGAGACGCUGGAGAGAUAUAGCUAUGGGGAGUCUCUGGGAACAUUGUCUCCGUAUUCUCAGGAUAUUUAUGAAAGCAUGGACAUCAGGCAGCGGCGAGCCUCCAGCCCAGGCUACAUUGACUCUCCCAUCUACAGCCGCCAAGGCAUGUCCCCUACCAUUCCACGCUCUCCACAUCAUUAUUACCGCUCAGCUGCUGCAGAGAGUAACAUCUACCGGAAGCCUCCCAUCUAUAAAAGACACGCUACAAAAAGCAAAACCAGUGAGGAUAUUGCCCAGACUUCCAAAUAUAGUCCAGCCUAUUCUCCAGACCCAUACUACCAUUCGGAGACGGAAUACUGGACUUUUCAAGGAUCACCUAAAGCACCACGAGUGCGGAGAUUCUCAUCAGGAGGAGAAGAAGAUGGCUUUGAUCGAGGGAUGUAUAAAAUCCAUACUGGCAUUGGCAGAUUGAUACUGAAGGAAGAAAUGAAGGCACGAUCCAAUUCCUAUGCUGACCCUUGGACGCCACCGCGCAGCUCAGCCGGCAGUCGAGAGGCUCUUCAUACAGCUGGCUACGAAGGCUCUUUAAAUGGCUCACCUCGGACACAUUAUCUGGCAGACAGUGAUCCCCUCAUUUCAAAAUCUGCCUCUCUUCCUGCGUACAGAAGGAAUGGGUUGCACAGGCCUCCCAGUGCCGAGCUGUUCCACUAUGACAGUACCAAUGCCGUCAACUGGGGGAUGCGAGAAUACAAGAUAUACCCUUAUGAGCUGCUUCUGGUGACAACAAGGGGAAGAAACCGUUUGCCUAAAGAUGCAGACAGAACUCGGCUAGAGCGCCAUCUGUCGCCAGAGGAAUUUUACCAGGUCUUUGGCAUGACCAUUGCUGAGUUUGAUCGCCUGGCCUUGUGGAAGAGGAAUGAGUUGAAGAAGCAGGCACGGUUAUUUUGAAAGCAGUGCAUUAUAAAUAAAUAUAUAUAUGUAUACAUACCUAUAAAUUUAUACAUACAUACAUAUAUAUAAUUAUAUAAUAUAUAUAUAUAAUUAUAUAUAUAGAAAGAGCUCUAUAUUGAAACUCUGUAUAACUCUUUUUGUUGUGCAGUAGAACCUGGGGCUACUCUCUUUCAAAGCCUUUAGAGUGAACUGAAGUCUCACAAAUAUUUUUAUGCUCUUUGUUUCUUUUAUUCCUUUUUUAAAUGUAACUGUUAAAAGUUUUCAAAUUGGGGGAGGAACCGCAAUCCUGUUUUUAUAUGGAACUAUCUUUUUUCUUACAUGAAUGUCAGGUAAUCUUGGGCAUUAUAGGAUCUCACCUAUGAGUCUCUUAAAUCUUAAGUCCAGCUGAAAGGAGAUAAGGAUGGCAGAGAUAUCGGGGCACACACAUUGCGAGUAGCUAACUUCAUCCGUCAUACCAAAACAUGGCUUAAGAACUUCAGAAGCAUCCUGCAGGAUUAGGCCAAAGGUCUAUGUGGUCCAGUUUCUCUUUUACAAUAAUGGCCAGCCAGACACUUUAUGCUUAUUUGGCCUUACAUUCCCAUUACUCUGCUGUAGCCAUGUCCAACCUUACGUACCUACUGUGCUAUUUACUUCUGCAUCGAAAAGAAGAAUCAGUUGUAUGACUUAAAUGCAUUAAACAUGUUUUCAUAGAAGAAGAACCAAAGUUCUUCUAGGCUAACAUUCAUGCUUCAUACAGCAGCCAUAUGAAUGUCUUUGGCACUUAACAUAUCCUGAAUUUGAUGGCCAUCUCUGGAGUUCGCCCCAAAUAUCUAAUCAGCUGGACUGCCUCUAUACACGGAGGCUCUUUUUAGCUACCAUUACAGAUAGCCACUGAUAGAUCAGUUGCCUGUAAACACACACUAUAUUAGCUUGCUCACCUUUAUCUUCUGCUAGCCAUGGUGAGUUUAGACUUGUCCCUGUCUUCCACCAAGAUCUUUUGGAAGUAGUGGACUAGAACACAUACUGAAUCCGACUCUGGCUUCAGAGAUUCCACCGGGUAUCCUUGCUUUUGCAGUAUAUGAAAGCUUGGAUACCUAGGAUGCUGAAUGUUUUGCUCCCAUAGGUACUGAAGUGUUGGUUUCUUCUGCAAUUGUACAGGUUCAUGGAAUGUACACAGUGUGGCUGUGGCCUAGGAGAAUUAUCUAUGAAUGUGCCUAGUUAAUAACAGGCCUCCUUUCCAUUCUUCCAGCGUCAUUGUCUAGCAACCAAUCCAUGGGAAGUCUAGCUAGGAACUAAUUAAUCCAGUAAACACUGCCUUGGGGGUGGGGUGGGGAAAUGACACUAUUUUCAUUUAAUUUUUUGCUAGAAACUUUCAGUGUCACUAUUCCAUUUUCAAAGGAACAGAUAUAACACCUCUGCUCGUCUCUUUUCUCUUCUCUUCCUUUCUCUUCUCUUCCAACUGUGUCCUUUAAAUAUACAUGGGCUUGUGUUGUGAAGAGAUGAACCUGUACUCAGACAGUUGUGAUACUGGAGGCGUUGCGUCAGAUGUCUACAUGGAAAUUUAUACUGUUCUUAAGAAGCAGUGUAUGCACCUGUGGGAACAAACCUGGAAAUUUCAAAUGGGCAUAGAAAAUGGAACAUCGUGCUCAUCCUUACAUUGUGCGGAUUUUAUCAGAUUUGUUCAGGUCUUUCAAGACCAUUAGCAAUGCCUUCAGUAUUAAAUCAGUAUGAUAGCUUUCUGAAUGAAGAAAAAAUUGUAUAUGGAAUGUCUUUAUCUCUGUGGGAAUUGUAGGUUUGUUCUGCCUUCUUUUAAAAAAAGAUUUCUUACCUAAUACACUGU